CACACCCCCUCUCAAGCCGAUUAAUGUGAUGCGCGGUUGGUAUAAAUAUAGGAUUAGAGUAGGGGGCAUUUGGCCUUUCCUGUCCAGGAUAAAGAAAGAAGAGACAUGAGUGACUCCAAAGCUAAAUCUGCAUCUAAGGAUGCAUCUGAUGGAAAGGAGCCUGAAAAGCGCGGUAGGGGUCGUCCACCGAAAAAGCCAAAGAAGACUCUGUCCCAAGAUAAUACAGACAAGGAAACUCCAUCUGAUCCAAAAAGUGAUUCUACUGGAUCUCCCACCACAAAACGUGCCCGUGGACGUCCAAAAAAAAGCACAAAGGCUGCCACUAACAGCAAGAAACCUGAAGGAACAACUGGAGGAAGUAGUCGGGGACGAGCUUCAAAAAAACAGGAAGAGGAGGAAGAGGAAGAAGCAGGUUCUCAAGAUUCUUCAGAAGAACAGUGACCACUGCACCCCUGUGCCUCUACACAUUUUGUGACUAGUCUCAAUACUUCCUUCAAUUAGCUUCUUUUUGGAGGGAGCAGAGGCCAGAGCAAUGGUAGCUGCUGUUUUAGUGGGGGGAGGGGCUCAGUUAAAUAGUUAUAGUGAAAUGGCUGGUUAUAAUUGCAGUUCAUCCUGACUGCCUAUUGGUCACUGGUAAAACAAAUCAACCCACUAUAUCCUUUGACAAAAGUUAAAUGAUUUUUCAAGUCCUGGUGUACUGUUUACUUGGACCAGAAUUGUCUUAGAACAAAUUGGUUUGCGCAACAAUUUUUGUUUUUGUGUAUUCACUUAUUUCUAUUUACAAUAAACAGUUUUCUUGUAGUCAUGUAA